AUGCCAAAACACGGACCUGUUCUGGGCCUCUCCGGGGUGGUGGCAGAGGAAUAUUUGGAGUUGUGCUCUCGGCGAUGCACAGGACUUUUCCAGCUCUUGGCAGCCUCGACUUCGCUCCUCACAAAAUUCAGCACCCCCGAUACCACCAGCUUUCAAGGGCUGCUCACUCUGUUUACGAGGUUGAAUCCCUCUCUGUCCGAUGCCGGCUGGUCUGGCUACUUCUUCUCGACAAGCCAGAGCCUGACGCUAACGUUCCUGCUGCCCAACCGGAACGUCUUGUAUGCUUCCACCACCUUGGCCCCGCUGCUAUUGUACGCACGGGAGAACAACAUCCGGAUCGAUGGGAGCUUGGAGACGUAUGCCUCGUACUGGGACUGGCACUUGCAGUUUCAGUGUGGAGGGCAGGAAUCGUGCUUGGGCCUAAACAACUUGGGAGUCUCCGAUGUCUUCGCAAUGAGGCUGAUCCCGAGAUCACUCUUCAACCACGAACAAGACCUCCUCCCAAAGGCCAUGAUGCGUGUCAUGACCGAGCUGCAAGUUCCAGCUACGUAUGCGAUCCUGGGGGGUGGAAAAGUGCGAGAACCCCAAGACAGCGCUGUGAAUCCGGCGUAUCGCGACGGACUGUGGCUGCUCGUAUUGCCCCUGACUUGGCAGGACAAUGCGACGGUGGCGGAGAUGAGCGCUGCUGCGAAUCUAGUGUCGCAGGCGAACAAGCUCUUCAUCGAUCUCACGCCGGGCUCCGGGACUUACGUGAACGAGGCCGAUUACAACGAGCCCAAUUGGCAGCAAUCCUUCUUUGGAAGAACUAUCCUCGCCUGUACCACAUCAAGCGCAGGGUCGAUCCUACCAAUCUAUUUACGUGCCAUCACUGCGUGGGUAGCGAAUUCAACUGAGAAUCCAGUGAAAAACAUAGCGAUUCCAUACAAAUGUUGA